UUGAUGAGCGAGUUGUCUCGUCCAAGCCGGAUGAUGCUGCUGGUGAACCCACAGAGCGGGAAAGGACACGCGCUCACACUCUACAACAACCACAUUCAGAGAAUGCUCAACGAGGCGGGAGUCACACACACUUUGGUCAUCACCGAGCGGCAGAACCACGCCCGAGAGCUGGUGAAGGAGGCUGACCUUUCACAGUGGGACGCUCUAGUCAUCAUGUCUGGAGAUGGACUCCUGUUUGAGGUGAUAAAUGGUUUGCUGGAGAGACCAGACUGGGAAGAGGCCAUCCGGACCCCACUGGGUAUCCUUCCUAGUGGAUCAGGCAACGCCUUGGCUGCAUCGGUACAUCACUACACUGGAGCCUCGCCAGUGUCCAGCGAGGAGCUCCUGGUCAGCUGUGGUUUCCUGCUCUGUCAAGGACUCGUGGCGCACAUGGACCUGGUCUCCAUCCAUCUGUCCUCCGGCCUUCGUCUCUUCUCCUUCCUUUCGCUGGCCUGGGGCUUUGUGGCCGACGUGGACAUAGAGAGCGAGAAGUACCGUCACGUGGGAGCUGCCCGGUUCACUGUCGGCACGCUGGUGAGGCUGGCUUGUCUCCGCGUCUACAAGGGCAAACUGGCUUACCUGCCCGCCACCGAGGACUACAGCAAGGAGGAGGGUUUAGGAAAUAACAUGAAGCUGCACUGCAACAAUCAGGCGUCCUCCUUGGCUCUGGCCUCUCGACCGUCCAGAGACUCUCCUUGCCAGAACACCUUCCACAACUCCUGCCACUCCAACAACUCCCUCAAAGUGAGGAGUACGGAGAGCACGCCUUCUAGAAGCGCCACCAAACCCCUCACCGGCCCGUCUGACUCCCUGCUGCUGCCUCUGGACCAGCCCUUGCCCAGCAACUGGGUGGUAGUGCCGGAGGAAGACUUUGUCCUCAUGCUGGCCAUGUACCAGUCCCACCUGGCUGAGGACCUGAUGGCAGCACCAGACGCCAUCACAGACGAUGGAGUCAUCCAUCUCUUCUACGUCAGAGCAGGAAUAUCACGCACUGCGCUGCUGAGGCUGUUCCUAGCCAUGGAGAAGGGUGCACAUCUGAGUACUAACUGUCAACACUUGGUGCACACGAAGGUGCGGGCACUCAGACUGGAGCCGUAUUCACCUAAAGGGAUAAUAACAGUAGACGGAGAGGUGGUGGAGUAUGGGCCGCUGCAGGCAGAGGUGCACAGAGGCCUGGGGAGAUUAAUCAGUGGAUGAACAAACACCAGCUUUCACCUCUGCUGUUAAAGGCCCAAUAAAAACUAGAAUUUCAAAUUAGAAAUGUGCAGGUACAGGAGCAAAGCAAUGGAUGUAACUCUCACUCACUGUUAUCUGCAACGUCAGCCUCUCAUCGGUACACAGAAGACCCAUGUUUUAUGCUAUGAUAUGACAAACAAGUGCCAUAUAUGGAGGCCCAAAGAGUUCAAUAUUAAAUAAAUUUGUCAAACGUUAUUAAAUGGAUAGAAUUAAAUUAUAAAUGCAGACAAGAUGCAUAAUAUAAUCAUCCAAUUUUAAAAUAACCUGAAACAUUUUUAUAUUGUUCUUUCAUUCUGCUUCUUUUCACAACAACAGUGUUUAUUUUAUGUCACACUGUUUGUUUUUAAUUCAAAGACAUAUUAUUUCAGAAAGUCUUUGUCAGUCAAGAUACACUUUCAUGAUAUACCGGUACUGACGAUAACAGUGAUAUUAAAAAGUGAAAUAUUGAUAUCAUGUUAAUAAUACAUAUCUGCUAAUAUGAUGAAAAUCAUGCAUCGCCUGGUAAAUCAUUCCGUUUCUUUCCGUUUAUGCUUUGUCUCCCUCCUGCAACGCCAUUCGGUUGCCCUUUCACUAUCCAUUAAGUGCAAUUGCUCUUUUUGUGCAAUUUUGAACUUUUAUAAUGACAGACUCUCUCUUCACCCCACUACACUCGUAUUUUGAGUGCAAGUCAUUUGCCAAAAAGAGACAAAACACACAGUAAAGAAAGUUAAAGAUCAAUUUGACUGAUAGAAUUUUCCUUUUUUUCCCCCAAAGUUUCAAUAGAUAUCCCAAAAAUAUCAUUAUCGUGAACUCUUUUGGCCACAGUAAUCAUGUAGUGAAAAUCUGAUAUC